AUGGAUAUGAAUCGACCACAUCUAGGCAUUAGCGAUGCUCUUGAGCGAAGGCAUUCUGACACAUCCCUGCUCCAAGUAACUCAGAUGGUAUUUGCGAGAUCUACAAGUCCAAUGGAAGUUCCUCACCCACACUACGCCAUGAUCUAUCUCGAUCACAAUGGUGAACUUCGAGUCAAAGCAUCUGCGUCAAUUGCUGGCUGUGGUGGAGCUAUCUUCACACCAGAGGUGACGGACAACUUUGUGAAAUUGGCCGCUCCUGGCCCCAUGGCCAACAUCCAAUUCAAUCCCAAUACUAGCCACUUGGCGGAUCGGUCGCCUUUCGGCGUUCAACCUAGCCCGGGACUGGUACAUGCCGGGCUGACCAGGCCUGCUGAGUUGAUACCAUGUCAGUUCCUGGAUCAGAACAAGAGGAGACGACGCGACACGAGAAGAGCGAGCACGGCCAACGCUAGACCCAAAUCCACAUCACCAUCGCCUACUCCUCGGCCGGGACGUACCAUGCUCCGCGUUGGGGACAAGGAUCUACUACGACGGUACUACGAGAAGGCAUUUGAGGACUUUCAGCAAUUGAACUGUCGAGCUAUUGCCAAGUCAUACAUCAAGCUCGUGGAACCGAGGAAACAAGUUCACUUUCCUUAUAAUGGACGCAAAGUCAUUGCCGGUGUAUCGCAGCGCGUGGAUCCGGAACAGACCAAGCCAGCGUGGUGGCCAAUUGGUGUUCUGCAUCGAGAGCCAGAUCAUCUCCUUAAGAGAGACCGCCUGAAGCUGCUUGUACAUAUACUCUGUGAGCUGAAGGAUAGCCACGGUGUCACUGCAGACAAACUGCGCGAAGCUGGACAAGACGUUCGCCGCCAAAUCACACCUUCACACCGAAUUCAAGUACUGGAUGAGAUCUAUUUCGUGCGAGAGAUGGAAGAAAGGUAUCUGGAUGGAAAUCUAGACGCAAAAGCUCGCCUUCAGGUCAUCCACACCUAUCUCCCGGAGGCCAUAUGUCAGGAGGAUGAGUUAUCUUCCAGUAUCUAUGUUGCCCCAAUCACGGCGCUGGAUGAAGAGUCGGAUGGCCAAGACACGCCGAGCUUUGGAGUUGAGCAUAGCUUGCAGUUAGACGACAACGCCCCCGUGGCACACCCGAGCUCACAGGGCAUGCCACUGUCUCCUACUACCAGCGACUCAAGUGGUCCCCAUAGCCCAACUUUUGGAGCAUACCCAGCCACUAUGGGCCCUGGCGUGAUGCCGCAAGCAUCUCCCACGGCUGUUAAGCACAUCCCCACCGAGCCGAAUUACCUACCAGGAUACUACGGGCAGCAAUUCAUGCCCACCGAAAAGACAGCCCCUGGGGGCUACUGGCCUGGUGUGCCUCAAAUUCCCCAGGUUUCACAUUUUGGAUAUUGA